GAAGUUUGAUUGUCGAACGAAUAGACCUGCUCGCAUACACCAAGCAAAUAGUUGAGUGUGAAACCCAGUUUGCCUAGGCUUACAGUGGAAGAAUGGCCUCGCUCUUUGCUCGCCCCGCCCUUGCGCUGCCGCGUAUCGGACACCAGGAGGCGUGCUGCAGCAGCUCGAUUACAUUUGCUCGUUUUGCUGCCCGCACUGCUCGUCGCGUCGCCCCGGCCACUCCUGUCCCAUCGGCAGAGGUUUCUAGGCGCUCCCAGCUACUCGUCUCCCGCGGCAUUCCCGUUUCGGGCCCGGGAGCUACUAGCUCGUCUUCCGGAGGCGUGGAUGGCCAGGUCACUAGCGUGCUGAUGGAAUCGAUGAAGGCGAAGAUUUGCGAGGCUUUGGAGACCGACGACUGCUCUAUCUCGGAUGUGUAUGGCGACGGCCGGCACGUGAGCAUUGACGUGGUGUCGAAGCUGUUCGAGGGGAAGAACAGCAUGCAGCGGCAGCGCAUGGUUUACAAGGCCAUCUGGCUGGAGCUGCAGGAGACUGUGCACGCCGUGGACGCCAUGACCACCAAGACCCCCGAGGAGGCCAAGUGAGGACAAAGUGAGGACAAAGCAGCUGGCAAAGCAGCUGGCAAAGCAUUGCUGCGGUGCUCGUAGCUUCGAGUGAGGAAGAGGAAAUGCCAGCUGUUUGAAGGGGAGGCCGGGGGCAACGGGGUUCCUAGCAGGCGACUUUGGGCUUUGGGAAAGAUGAUGAUGCCGAACUGGGAGGGGCUGGCCAGGCGGUGUUGACUGCUCUUCCGACGGCGUUGCAGUACCGUGACUGUGCAUCGAACAAGUUUAGAGGCAAGUGUGAUGAGAGGCAAGGUUGACUGACGAGAGAGCAUGUGGAGGCGGUCCCAGCGGCGCAGGCCAGGGUCCAUACUCGCGUCCAGGUUGUGUGCGCUGCAGCGCUGGUGUGCACAGUGCACUAGGCUUCGAUCCCCAUAUGACGGUUGCUGCUUUGGGCAUUACACCCGCAGUGUUUGGUAAAGUGUAAGGUCGUUGUAUUGACGAAUGGUAACGAGAGAUGGGCCGGACAAAAGGUGUAGAGGCGCAGCCUAGCCUAGCCCAUGCGUGUUCGUGGGUAGCACAGGAGGGGAGUUAAUACGCGCGGCUCCGGUGGCCUUGUCCCACGUCUACGAGCCCCCGCCCACAGUGGCGGACGUAAGCAUUAACUGCACGAGCCGCGGACCUGCCAUGUAGACUUCUCCACACCUGUGGUCAACACGUUCCCUACCGCCAAACGUGUACGGCACCCCAGCCGUCCAGGAGUUCGUGUGGGAGUCGGCAGCUGCACGAGUGUGAGCAGGUAGCUGUACGGCGGCCCGGCUCGGAAGCUGACUGUGGUGACGCACACAGGCAGUUGGCGCUAGAUUGCAUGGGUUACAAGAGGAAGCAACAGGAGGCGCUAGUCGGCAGGCGUGCGAGUGGGAGCGGGUAGUUGAGCGUGCACGCAUGUGGGAAGCUCCGACAGAGUGCGGUGGAGCACGGCGGCGCCCCGCAAUCAGCGACGUGGCGUCCGUCGCGAGGGACGGCCUGUGAUUGAUUGUCCAACGCACGCUUGCGGCUGCCUGCCACACUACCAACUCCCCCAUCAACUCCCCGGAGCCAGCCCCCCGAGUAAGAAACGGUGCGGGGAUGUGUCGCGCCCUAUGAUAGGACACUGAACAUUUCGCGUGCCUGAUGGCGACUGAUGUUUGCAGAUCUGUUCUGUCGGCCGCUGCAAUGGCUGUGCUGGCUACGGCGUAGGCGGCCUGGAGCGUAUGCGUAGGAGCGAGAGGGCGGCGCAAGACGAUCACGUUCUGGCUUCCAGGUUGCCUCUGAGUUUAAACGGUCAAAGACUAUACGCCUAGGAUUGGAAUGAGAGACGGCUCUUGCCGCUCUCAGACGCGACCAAUAUCCUCUCUCUGCUCACCCAUACUCCGGCCUCCCAUGCAAUAUAACGUGUCGGGCCAACGAACCUCGGGCAUGUUCUCCUCUUCCCACUCGCCAAAACCACACCCGACUCACUCCGUCACACGAUAUGCACAGUCACACGCCAGGUCAUGACAGAUGGUGUGGGCAGCCACGGCGAAUAGCACAUACUACCAGGCGCAGCGCGCCAAUGGGAGUGCAUAGUCAUUGAAAUCCAUAAAUGCGAAUGCGAAUGCGAAUGCGAAUGCAGACGGCAGCGGAGGUUGUUGUCGCUUGCAAGUCAUGUGCGUGCCGUUCGAGAAGCUGCGUGUGAGCUGAGUGUAAACUCAGAGAGAG